GUAGAGUGUACUGACCCAACUGAACUUCAUUUAUCGAAAGGCAGUGGAGUUAGAGACUUCGUUGAUUUCUGUGUUUUCCAGCCAUAUAUUUCCAGGAUAUUGAAGGUAUUCUGACCGACGUGAACUUGGGCAGAAUAACUUCAGCCACGGUGUGAAUCAUGGGAUCUGCUUGGUUUAUCGCUUUGAUUGCAUCUUUAUGUAUUUUCAAGGUAGCUGUCCACGCCCAAGAUAAUGCAGAUAAUAGAGUUACUUGUCCACCUCUGCCGGCACCUGUGAAUGGUUUAGUGUACACCUGCACCCUGAAUGGGCAAAAUGUGACCACCACGGGUCAGCAGCCUGUGGGCAGCAUCUGCGAGUUGGAAUGCGACGAAGGCUUUGCCCUGCUAGGCUCAACCAGUCGCAACUGCUUGGAGGAUGGAACUUGGGACGGCAGAGAAGGUGUCUGCGAUGUUGAUCCCUGCCUCCACCACACAUGUGAGAAGCCCAGGUAUGCCAUAUGCAUCAGCGAGGAGGUUGACGGCAAGUUGAAGCCCAUCUGCGACUGCCCAGAGUCCUGCCCCGACGGCCCAGUCAGGCCGGUCUGCAGCGUCUACGGCAAGCAGUAUGACAGUCUGUGCCAGCUGCGACUGUAUGCGUGCAAGAGACGACGCUCCUAUCCCCUGGCCUACAAGAAACCCUGCAUCGCCUCACAGGAGCCAUGUGGAAAGGAGGAGUUGAAGGAGUUCCCCCACCGGCUUUUGGAAUGGUUCCUCCACCUGCGAGAGAUUGACGAGCUCCAGCAGCUAGACCCUAACAGCAAUAUCCGCAAGCUGGACAACACAGGCAGAGAGAAAGUGGCCAAGUGGAAAUUUGAUGAACUGGACCGCAAGCACGAUGGACUGCUCGACCGACGGGACUUGCGCGAGUUCCGCUAUGCCCUGAUGCCCCUGGAACACUGCGCCGAUGAUUUCUUCCAGGAGUGCUAUGCCGGGGCGCGCACCAUUGACCUGGAACGCUGGAACGAAUGCCUAAAGGUGCACGACAUUGAGGAAGCACCGCGAAGAAUGGCCGAGUUCUUCCUGAAUGUUGUCCCCAAGCAGAGUCCAGCUGAAGAUGGUGCCGAAGAGGAUGAAGAAGCAUAGAGGGUGUGCAUCGCUCUGUGCUGCCGCUAUCGAUGAUCCUGUGCCUGAGUCUUUAUAUUCCAGACUGAGAAUUUUUCCAUUAAACCACAGUCUUGUAUUUUUUUUAACUAGGAGUAAAUUUGAGCAAAGGGGAUGAUAAUUACUUGAUUGAAAAUUGAAUUUAUGUAAAUCUUAAUAAUCCUAAACCAAAAUGGCCCAUACUUCUCAAUGAAUGUCUUGGUGUCCAACCACUCAAGGUUUCUUCCUGUCAUCUUUGGGACAAUUAUCUCAGUGGAAACACUUCUACUCAAGUUCAUUGAUUAAAUUGUUCCCCAUUUGCAUUUUGUUAAUGUAAACUUUCAAUAUUUUUCACCGUGGAGUUCAUCACACGAAGCAUUUGGGCCAGAAGUUUUUUAUGUUUAAGUUUGUAGUUUUUGGUAACAUUUUAAAAUCUAGAUCCCUUAAUAGUGUCUUUUAAUCCUCUUCCUUGAUUAGAUUACGUUUUCAUGUAAAUAUCAAUAUUUUAUCAGUGUAAGAACGUUUAGUGUGACCCGACUGCCAAAUAGGAAAAUUUCAAUAAAGAUGAUCUGAUUAGGAGCAAGGGCAGCUGGGGAACCUUAUUUUCAUGGGGGGGCUUUUUUAAGGGGCCUACAAGUUUGAGUUUCUUUCAUAUUGCCUUUUAGGGCCUUUCAGGGGUAGGGCUACAUUUUGGGGACUUUGCAUAUGCUUUUGGAAGGAAGGGAUAUUAAUUCAACCCCCCAUGACUUUUAUUAAAAAGGCCUCUUUCUUUGGGGGCCAUGGCCCCCACUGGCCCCUCAGGAUCUGCCCUUGAUAAGAGGCCCUGAUCUAUUUUAAUUUAGAAGUCUACCAAAGUAACUACCCAAACAAGUGCUGCUUGUUUACAUUUUAUACUGCAUUUUAUUUGUGGUUUACUAAUUUCAUUUACUUGUAAAAUAGUUUGUGUAUUCUAUUUAGGCAAUAAACAUUCAAUGGUGCUAAUGGUUAGAGAGCAGCUUAGCGAGACGGCAAAUGUUCUUUGGCUCCGUGAGCAUUUAAAGAUUAUACGGUUUUUGAUUUAGAUAGCUAGAGGCAGUGUGAAUUGAAAUAAAAGUCCUUCAUUUUAA